AUAACCAAGCUUCUUGCAUCGCCAGCGAUAACUCCGCCUCUCCCGCAAGAUUACAUCAAGAGGACAGCGGCUUCGAUCUGGAAGGAGAAUCUUAGCAAGGACGAGGUGACUCAAGUCUUCGAAGAUAUCAUCUGCCUGGUUUUUCAUCACCGUCUUGGGUCGAGUCGAUCAAGCUUAUUUAAAGCCCAGAUGCCUUCCCGAGGUCCGGGGCCGCGACGGGAGAGACGUGCGCAUGGGCCGCGGUUGCUGACAGGCAGCUGCGCAUACAGGAUGCCAAGGAAUUGGACCGGCGGCCUCGGCCGCCUCAACGUGGACGGCUCAAUCGACUUCAAGGAGAGGAGAGACAUGCAGAUCACGUCGUUGAUAGCGAUGUCGUUUGACAAACACUCGGCGUCGUCGUACGCUCUCUCAUGGGCAGGCAUGGUUGUUAUGUGGUGGCUGACGACUGGCGAUGGCUCUCCGAAGUAG